AUGGGAAAGGGUGGUGGAGAUGACGAGAAAAUGUUGAGGGGCUUGCCCAAGAGCUAUGCAGAGUGUAAAUACAUUUAUGUCGUCUCAUGCCAUUGGAAUGAAUCUUUGGCUGUAUAUGCGCUGGAUAGCUGGGUGCUGGUGUGUAAGAUGAUUAUGUUGAUUGUCUUCCUGUCAUCGGUUUGGCGUAUGGACACAAUGUCUAGAUAUUGA